AUGGAGCGCGAUCACAUGUUAGAAGAAUGCCCCCCAUCCUACGCAUCUCACGAUCCUCAAACCAUACAUUUACCUUCGAUCCCCACCGCAGACCUCCCACCAAUUCAUCAUGAGCGAGUCUUACCUCCUUUACCUCUUGUGUCAACAGAAACAAAAUAUCGGCAAGAAUCAACUGCAGAACCGCCAUUGAUAUGGCCGUCUUCCAAUCCUUUGACUGCAUAUUAUCAACCGGGCCCCUCACAGCUAUCGCCUAAAAUAAUGGCAAGAAGAAGUACAGAUUCGCCGAACGGUAUGGACUUGGAUCUAUCAGAUAACAGAGCGAGACGGGGAGGGAGUGUGCUAUCUAUAGACGAUCCGGAUGUGCGACUUGCUGCUGAAGCAUUAGGAGAUCUCCGCGCCGGUAUGUUUUGUAAAGAGUUUUCGAAGAAUCUUAUACUAACUCCGUUGGCAGAUUUCAUACAGUCUCCCCCUCAUCUUCACAAUAACGCCUCUUCCAACUCGCCUCGAUUCCGACACGGCGGUUCUACACAGCCGGAACCCCUCCUCUCACUCCUUACCACAUCUCACCCCCUCAUUGGUAACGCGAUAGGCGGCUCUUUGUCCGCAUAUUCUGCUUCCAAGAAUUAUAGUCCUCGCUUCAAAUCCAGUGCAGAAUAUGUCGAAAGAAGGAUUACUCCAGUUGUCAAUACAAUUAAUUCCGUUAAUCGCAUUACUGGAGUUGAAGGAGGCGUGCGUUGGUUCCUUGGUGGUCGUCGGCCGAGUCAUCUUGGACCAUCAGACACUGAAUUUCAAUCCCCUUCUCAUAAACGUCGGAAAGUGAAUACUUCUUUUCCAUCCGACCUUGAAGGUCAGCCCUUGCAGUUUGAAAUACAAUUUGAUCAACAGCGCCGUCGUCGUCCCAGUCAAGUAUCCACCACGGAUAGCCUUCCUGCAUAUGAUGACCAUCGUAGUCCUAGCUACGAAGCCACGCAACAAGCAUUGAUACCAUCACACCAAAGAUCCGAUGAGCCCACAUCCCCUGGCAGCUCAUGGCAAUCCCGUCUCGUCCUUUCUACCUCGGGACUCAGUGUUGCCAUGUCAGAGGAGUCGCUCCGAAGCCUGAGAUAUUGUCUCAGUUGGAUUCGCUGGGCAAACGAGCGCAUAGGUAAACUUAUUGCGGCAUUGAAAUCGGCUCUAGAGCAAUACGACAAUUCCGGCACCAUUGCUGACUCCUCCCACUCCGACAAAGGGAAUGGUAGUAAACACCAACAGAUAGUACUUCACACAGACGACCAGCGUUCAGCUUUAACCGCCAAGAUUGCACAAUUAAAUAAGGACGUUCUAAAGACUUUGAAGGAGGUGGUUGAUAUUGUUUCAAAAUAUGCUGGCGGUGCCUUACCUGAAAAUGCGAGAGAUCUCGUGCGUAAACACUUGACCUCCUUACCUCGUCGAUUUCAAAUCGCAAAUUCCGUCUCACACUCCGUCUCAAAUGGCGAAAACAGAGGUCAUCGAGAUGGAGAUAGCGAUGCUAAGGAAGGUGCACAGAGAGUCAUGGUAUUGGCGAAAGAGGGUUUGGAUAUGAUGACCCAAGUGUCAGGCGUUCUAGACGGAACGAUUGUUAGUGCGGAAGAAUGGUGUGAAAAGCUCGGCCGAAAGAAGCGGGAGGGAAGGGAAACCGCUACUCCGCAGGAUGUGAAAAUGAUCAAUGAUGGAAGUGAAAAUAGACGGGCGGAAACGCAACCUAUCCCCAGUGGGGACGUUAAAAUAGGCUAUACAGGGCUCAGUAAAGAGAGACCUACUCUUGUUUGA